AUGACAGAAUUGGCGGGUAAAGACUGGAGCCAAGCUCUAGCUCUAUCCCUCAGUGAAAAAGAAAAAAGGCGUAGUCGUAUAGCUUCCGAACUGACGCGAUUUGCUUUAUUCGAAGCGUGGGAAAGAUACAAAGACAUGCUUAGACUUUGUCCGCAUCACGGUUUAGAACAAUGGUUAAUCAUCCAUACCUUCUACAAUGGCCUCCUCUACAAUACGAGACUUACAAUUGACGCCUCCGCAGGUGGCGCACUGAUGGAUAAAGAAUAUGCUGAUGCUUACACACUUAUCGAAAACAUGGCUCAAAACCAUUAUCAAUGGGGAAGCGAGAGAGCUCAAUCAGAGAAAACUUCUGGAGAGAAAUCUUCAACGAAGAAUGGGAUGUACGAGAUAAGUAGCCUCGACUGCGUUAAUGCCAAAGUCGAUGCCCUAACUCGGAUGAUUGAAAACCUCACUAUAGUACCUGUAGCCGCCGUGGCUGCUGUUUCCCCCAAUUGCGAAAUAUGCGGAAUGACUGGACAUGCUGCUUCUGAUUGCCAUCUUUUGGCAGAAGUUUCCCCCGAACCAGUAAACUAUGCUCAAGGAAACCCCUACUCAAACACGUAUAACCCAGGAUGGAAGAAUCACCCUAAUUUCUCGUACAAGAACAAUAAUGCUUUGUACGCACCUGGUCAAGCACCCAGUGUACCACCUGGAUACGAAAAGGCACCAUUCGCUGCUCCUAAUGUCCCUAGGAAGUCUAACUUAGAAAUAAUGAUGGAAAAUUUCAUAGCCACUCAAACCCAGACUAAUAAGGAUUUCAUAAACCAGAACGUGCACACUAAUGAGCAAAUCAAACAGUUAGCGACCAAAGUAGACGCGUUGGCCACUCACAACAAGAUGCUUGAGACACAAAUCUCUCAAGUGGCACAACAACAAGCACCUACUGCUGCACCUGCUGGGACGUUUCCAGGACAGCCACAACCAAACCCAAAAGGACAUGCUCAUGCUAUUAUUCUGCGAAGUUGUAGAGAGAUGGAUGAACCGACCGACCCCGGCAACGGCGAACAAUGGGUACCGAAUCUUGAAUCCGGGACUUGA